GAACUGGAUUCCGUCAAAAUUGAACGUAGCAGAUGAUGCCACGAAGUGGCAAAAACUUCCAGAUUUAAGUCCUUCAAGUCGAUGGUUCCGGGGUCCAGAGUUUUUGUGGAAACCGCAAAAGGAAUGGCCUGUAACAACAAGAAACAACGAUGAAACCGCUGAAGAGAUGCGCUCGCACGUGCUUCACCAUUCUGUCGAACCUGCGCUGUUUCGGUGGGAAGAUUUCUCGAGAUGGAAGAGUCUGCUGCGCCACGUAGCGUUUGUGAAAAGAUAUCCAGCAAAUUUACGCAGGAAGCUGGCGCAGAAAUCCACCGUUGUCGGUCCACUAACUCAGGAGGAAUUACAAGAGGCAGAGCUGUUUAUUAUAAAACAGGUACAACAUGCUGAGUACGCUGCGGAGCUAGAUCUUCUGAAGAAACCAAAUCUUGUUACAUGGAAGAACGUGUUGCCGAAGAAUAGCUCGCUAUACAAGCUUAGUCCCUUCCUGGACGAAAACGGAUUACUGCGUAUGAAAAGCCGCAUUGACAACUGCGAUCUGGUGGAUGAAUGUACGAAACGUCCGAUACUGUUGCCAAAACGUCAUCCAGUAACCGAUCUUAUCAUCGCGAGCAUUCAUCAGAAGUACUGCCACAUGAAUCACCAGACUGUCCUCAACGAAGUUCGUCGUAGGUUCUAUGUUCAUAAACUGCGGUCUGUUUACAACCGUGUUCGAAGUCAAUGUCAGCUCUGCAAAAACCGACAGGCAAGGCCAGUUGCUCCAGAAAUGUCCGCUCUACCACCAGCACGAAUGAAAGCGUUCUGCCGCCCAUUCUCGUACGUCGGUAUUGACUAUUUUGGGCCGAUGAAUGUAGUUGUUGGCCGACGGAUUGAGAAACGCUGGGGUGUGCUGAUCACCUGCCUUACCGUACGAGCAAUACAUCUAGAACUCGCUCACAGCCUCACAACAGACUCGUGUAUUCUUGCCAUCCGAAACUUCGUCGCCAGAAGAGGUGCUCCGCUAGAAAUAGUCAGCGAUCGUGGCACGAAUUUUAUUGGAGCCAGUCGGGAGCUGAAAGAAGCGUUACUGCUAGUGAACCAGGACAAGCUAAUGGAACAUUUUGUUACGGCCGACACCAAAUGGUCGUUCAACCCGCCUGCUUCUCCUCACUUUGGCGGAGCCUGGGAAAGGCUUGUCCAAUCUGUAAAGAAAGCCCUAAAGCACAUCCAACCAACACGCACACCCACCGAUGAGCUGCUGAAGAAUAUGCUGAGCGAGAUCGAAUUGAUUGUCAACUCGCGACCGCUGACAGAAUUACCGCUAGAUGAUGAACUGUCUCAACCACUCACACCCAAUCACUUUCUGCUCGGUUCGUCCGACGGUUCAAAGCCCCCGAUCGCAUUUGACGAUACCACUCUUGCUCUAAAGAACACCUGGAAGACGUCGCAGGUCUACGCAAACCGGUUUUGGCGACGCUGGAUUGCUGAAUACUUACCAACACUUACACGAAGAGUGAAAUGGUUUCAUCGAGCCAAGCCUAUUGCAGUGGGAGACAUCGUAGUCGUCGUGGACGAUACACUACCGAGGAAUUGCUGGCCGAAAGGGCGGGUGGUCCACGCAAUCCAGUCCAAGGAUGGACAGGUACGACGUGCUGUGGUGCAAACAGCGAGGGGAAUUCUGGAGCGGCCAGCCGUAAAACUUGCAGUGUUGGACGUUGGUGCUACUGUAAGUACAUCGGACUAAUGACCUCGAAGUACUUGGGGGGGAGUGUCGCUACGGUACGUGGCGAAGCACCAUACAUCCAAGUACGCUUUCGAUCCACACCUUUGACUAUUUACGUAGUCCGUAUUGUUGACCCAUCGACUGGGGAGAGAAGACAAAGACCGGUGGAUUGAGCAUUGUCCCUCAAUGUGCAUGCAAACGUGCUAGCAAAAGUUUAGGCAAAUUUGCUCUGAUUAUAUUAUAAUAAUUGAAACAUUUCUACUUAUAAACUAAAGUGAAUUGUAUAAUCCUACCUAAUAUUAGUGGUAAAACGAACCGUUCUAGUUAAAAAGUGAAUUAAAAUCUAUUAAAAUAGUACGGUUGAUAUAAAAAACGUAGGUCAGUUCAUGCAAUGGUUAAUUGUGUCUAUUAAUCUAACGUAAUUCAAUCUAUUAAAGAUCUUAACUGAUACUUUGCUGCUAUCCUAGUAUCAAAGGGAACAUGCAAAUAUCUAAGAAGCACGACAGCAGCAUUCCCACAAACGAGCAGUGAGCUAAAUAUAGAGGAUAGCUGACACGAAUGAGACAUUAAACAGAUUUUUUAACUUCGUUAUCGUUGCUGAAUAAAUACGUCGUUCAAAAAAACUGGAAAAUCGUCUCUCUCUUGUUGCGAUUGCAACAGU